AUGCCAUCAGACACCACAAUUGAGCCCACUGCCACUAUCACCUACAAAACCAACCCAGUUCCUAUCGAGUUCGAUCUCUAUAGUCCUACAGUUCGGUCUGAUACGCCAGGUGCCUUGAUCAUUUACUACCAUCCUGGAGCCACCUACCUUGGCUCUCGGAAGCUCGGGUUCCCGGCCUGGUUACGAGAUGGUUGCAACAAACGAGGCUGGACAAUUUGCUCCGUUGACUAUAGGUUGCUGCCGGAGAGCUCGAUUUCCGAUAUAAUGGAGGAUUUGAAGGAUAUGUGGACAUAUGUACACAGCCACCUGAACAUCGAACUCAAGAAGCGCUCUCUCAAUCCAGUUGAUCUUGAUGCCGUGUUUGUCAGCGGAGGGAGUGCUGGAGGAUACAUUACCUUCCAGGCUGGCCAUCUGCUUACUCCUCGUCCUGCCGGCCUUAUCGCAAUGUAUGGUGAUUGUUUUGUUGGAGAUUGGUAUGCGAAGGCUCAUCCGCCGGACGCUAUCAUCGCCAACGCGCGACUUGGUGAUGUUGAAAAACAUGCCAUCGAGAUAGAAAAGUACUUUCAAGAAGGCAGACAGCCGGUCACAGGCCGUCCUUUCAAGGACGGGACCGACCCUCACUCGAUGUUUUAUCACUACCUCAUCCGCAAGGGAGAAUUCCUCAAGCGGACAUUUGGUGUCGAGUCUAUGGAAGAAGCAGCCUUGCGAUCCGACCUCCACUAUCUCUUCCCACAGUUCUCUGUUAAGGAUUCAUACCCCCCUAUCGUUCUUGCACAUGGAACGAGUGAUACAGCUGUCCCAUACGAACAGUCAAUUUUCUUCUCUAAACACUUGACAUCCAAAGGCUUUUACAACGAACUUUACCUGCUCGAAGGCAAAGACCAUUUCUGGGAUCUUGGCGAGGAGGAUGAUGUCCUCGAGGUUAAGGCGAAGAUCUGGGCCUUCUUGGACAGGCUUGCGUCUAGUUGA